GCACAAAGUGUCUUACUCAUUACUACUUAAAUAAAUAAAAGAUUAAAACAAAUGCCUCGAUUUUGUUCGUAAAAAAAAUCAUUUUUCAUUCUUUUUAUCUUCGCCAAUACAUAGACGUGCUAAGAGUACUUAAGGAAAAUGUUUGCUCGAAAUUUCACAAUCAAGUUUAAGCCGAUAAAGUCAAAUUUUGUGAUACUUCCGGAAUCAUACAGAAGACUUGUGGCAACAUGUAAGACAGGAUGUUUGUUACUUAAUUUCCACGAUAGUCGUUCCGGACAAUAUAAAACAGUUUAUGUGUCAUGGGCAAGUACAAUUCAAGUAACGACUCCAUUCGAGGCAGAAGAGAUUGGAAUUAAUCCUCAAGUAGCUGAAGGUCUGGGAUUACGUGAAGGAACGAGCGUUACAUGUUCUGUGAUUCAAAAUGCGUCGCCACUUAAAUCAAUCAACAUCACACUGAGUGCUGAGGAUUACCAAAUGGCUGAAUGUUCAACUGAUCGCAUUCAAAGUGACCUUCUUGAUCAAAUAUCCGUCGUUGGACGUUACCAAUCAAUUGUCAUCUGGUUAAACAAGUCAAUAUCUGUCAAAGCUGUCGUUGAUAAUUUAAGUCCAUCUUUUAACUAUGGACGACUACAAAAUGACACCGAAAUAUCAAUAAACAGGAAAACGACGCCGGAUUUCAUGCGACCGAAAACGAAUGCAACAACAGAAAAUUCAAAUUCAGAUUCAGAUGUGAAAAUGAAGCGAUCAAGUGCAUAUGAGAGAUCAGAGACGAUGGAUUUCUCACAAUUACGUCGUAAUAAGAGUUUUUUAGAUUCGCGUGUUGAAAAGACGAAGACGGACGAUGGGAAAAGCUUCCGAAGACAAUCGAAUGGAUGGUCGGAGUCGAUUCAAGAUGUGACAUCGAAGAAACCGCCGUUGUUGAGUCCGCGUGGAAGUAUUAAGAGAAAUCGUGACAAUGAAAGAGCAACAAAUGGAUUGUCAGAAGAUUCGAUGCCACCUAGAAGCAUCAAUCCUUUGGCAAUCAGUUCAAGUUUGAGUAAUGUCAGGAAAAUUCAAGAAGAACCGGAACCGAAAGAAACGAAGACAAUUUCCAACAGUCUCAGUGCGACCAACAUCAAAAAAGUUCAAGAAAAGUCAAAUAAAUUUCUUGAAAGUCUUUCAUCAAAAGAAUUGUCACCAAAACGACAACAACUUGUUACAAGUGCAAGUAUGAGUAGUGUGCCGAAGAUCGCUUCAUCGUCAUCACCAUCAUCAGUAAAUCAUCAAAUAGAAACGAAACAAAAUCAUCGUCAAGUAUUGGAAGAUUUAAAACGAACAAUAAAUCGAGAAAUUCAGAAAAGAUCUUUCAUGAAAGUUAAGAUUAGUGGAGUUGGUGAACGAAAAGCUUUAAACUUCCAACAAAUCAAUGAAAUUUAUACUUCAAAAUCGUCAGUUAUUAAUGUCAAUCAAAUUCACAUGAUUCGGAUGAAAGACAACACAGAAUUUCAUGUUCGUGUGAAGUUCAAUGACAAAGUUGAUGAGAAAACAAUUGAAGUUCAUCCAGUUUUAGCAAAAGUUCUAGGGAUUGAAAAAGCAGGAGAGAAAGUUGAACUAUUUGAGACGAAGCUUUGUUGUAAUUUAAUUGAGAAUAUUCAGUUAGUUCCACUGUCUGAUAUUGGUGAAGGUGGGCUUGGGCAUCAAAUAGCGAAAGAUAUUGAAGAGAAGUUUAAGAAAUAUGUGAAUUUGAACACGAGAAUUCUUCCAUUAAUCCUCAAUCAAGGACAAAUCUUUAAACUUGAUGAUUAUCUGAUGACAAUUAAACUGUUCCCUUCAUCAACUCGUGCUUGUUGCAUUGAUUCAGACAUUCUUCGUGAGAAUAUCAUUGAAGUUGUGAGAAUGGGCGAGACAAAUGAAUAUGCAGCAAUGAUGAAUGAUGAAGGUAAGAAACGAAAUAAAAAGACGAAGGAUGAGAAAGAAAAUCAUUUGAAGCUGAAGAAACAUCAGGAAAUCAUCGAACAAACUUUAAAUAAAAUUCAUGCGAAUUCAAAUCAAAUGAAAGUGAUGAACAGUGAACAGAACAAUUUCAUUCUUGUUGGUGCAUCGAAAUCAGGAAAGAACAAAAUUUGUAAUGAAAUUCAAAAAGGUUUAGAAACUCGCAAUAUAAAUGUAACAAUUUUCAAUUGCGCUCAACAUAAGGGACGGAAAAUCGAAUCAAUUAUUCGUGACAUGAAAAUGAUGUUAAUGUCAUGUCUUCGAACAGCGCCGUCACUUUUUGUUGUCUACAAUUUAGAUUCAUUAGCUUCACAUUCACAUGAAGAACAUCAAACUCAAGAGAAUGAAUAUUUACAAAAGCUUACGAAUAACAUUCGACAUUUAAUCGAAGAUUUCACUCAUGAUUAUGGAAAUUUUGUGUCGAUACUUGCGACAGUCUCGAAAUUGUCGAAUCUCAACAAAAUUCUUUACCAAAGCUUUGGUUGUUAUUUGUUUAGAAAUGUUGUGAAAAUUCCCAACUUAGACGUGGACGACCGACGUGAACUUCUCUUAAAACUUCUUCAAAAUACGUCGCAUGUGAAAAUCGAUAAGAAAGUUGAUUGGGAGAAAUUCAUAAGAAUCACUGAAGGAUAUCAAAUCGGUGACAUUUGUCAAUUUGCUGAUCGUGCGAUUUAUUUUGCAAUCAAAGAAAAUUUUAAAUCGACGCCAAUUUUAACUGAAGAUGUUCUUAACAAAUCACUUUCGAUUUCAAAUCAACUUUGUCUCGAAGGAAUUCGGACAGAAGCAAUCGCUGAUGCUGAUGAAGAUCUUUAUCAUGAUGUCAACGAUAAAAUUCCAGGAAUGGAAAGCGUCAUUGAAACACUCGAAGAAGUUUUAAUUUGGCCAACAAAAUUCCCAAAAAUCUUUCAAAAUUCACCGCUCAGAAAUCAGGCUGGAAUUCUUCUUUUCGGUGCGCCUGGAACUGGAAAAGGUUUCAUUGUAUCUCAAAUAACAAAACGAUGGAACCUUCGAAUGAUAUCGAUUAAAGGUCCGGAAUUGCUGGCAAAAUACAUCGGACAAAGUGAAGAAAAUGUCAGAAACUUGUUCGAGAAGGCGAAAAAUGCGAAGCCUUGCGUGCUGUUCUUCGAUGAAUUUGAUAGUUUAGCACCAAGACGUGGUCAUGAUUCAACUGGGGUCACUGAUCGUGUUGUAAAUCAACUUCUAACUGAACUUGAUGGUGUGAAGAGUCUUGAGGGCGUUUCAGUGAUUUGUGCAACAUCACGACCAGAUUUAAUCGACCCAGCAUUGCUUCGAUCAGGGAGAAUUGACAGAUUAGUUGAAUGUCAACUACCAAAUGUGAGUGAUCGUCUUGAAAUCUUGGAAUGGUUGACAAAAUCAUUGAAAAUUGAUUCUUCAAUCGACCUUAAAGCAUUUGCUGUGAAAUUAGAGAACUUUAGUGGAGCUGACCUCAAGAGUAUUCUCACAACAGCCAACAUGAAUGCAAUUGAAGAAGAACUCAAGAGAAAUGAAGGAAAAGUAAUGAUAAUCGAUGAAGUUCUUAUCAAGAAAAGUCACCUUGAAGCUGCUUUAAUUAACACACGACCAACUUUAACACGACAAGAUAUCGAGAAAUAUCGAAAUCUUUACGAUAAGUUUAAGAACAAUAAAUCUGUGACAACAGAAACACCGAAGAAAUUUGUGUCGUCGCAACAAGUUGUAGAUAAAACUGAUAAAAUAAUGUCUGAAACUAAAACAUACAGUUUGAAAGAAGUUGCAACUCACAACUCAAAUAAGUCAAGCUGGAUUGUAAUUCACAAUAACAUCUAUGACGUCACACAAUUCUUGAAUGAGCACCCUGGCGGUGAAGAAGUUUUACUUGAACAAGCUGGUAAAGAGGCUACAGAACCAUUCGAAGAUGUUGGACAUUCAACUGAUGCUCGCGACCUCAUGAAAAAAUACAAAAUCGGUGAAUUGAUUGAAAGUGAACGCAAAGUUAUUCCAGAAAAGCCACAACCAGAUUGGUCAUCUGAGAAAAAAGAUGACAAUUCAAUGAAGAAUUGGAUCGUCCCAAUAUUGUUGGGACUUUUGGCGACAAUUCUUUACCGCUUUUACUUCUCGCAAUAAACAAGCAAAACUUUAUUGCAUUGAAAGUGCCCAGCACAUUCCUUUCGAGUGCAUCAUUUUAAUGAAAUUUUACAAAGUUUUUCAUUUGCCUUUUCACAACAAUUAUAAAUAAAUUAAUCUUUUAAUUUUCUAUCGUUUUCGCUAUCAAAAGUUAGAUUGGUGUCUUGUAUGGUUGGUUUGUUUUAUUUUUCAACAGACAGGGUAUCCAGAAUGGAAAUGAAUAAAAUAAAAAUAUAAAUUUAAUCAACAAAGAAAGUGUUUUUAUUUGUGAUCCAAAAUGAGAAAUUAUCUGAUGCAUAAUUGCAUUUUAGAUUUACUACUUGAGAACAUUUUGAGAGCUUGCAAGAGGCAUUCUUGAAGGGAGCUGAUUUCAUAACAUGGAUAAUACUUGUCGUACUUUUUAAGGUACAAACAGUAACUCUCAAAUUUCUCAAUAGCUCUUUCAAAAUCAAAGUGCAUCAAUUUUUCGAUGUCGCCGCCAUAGAUAUCGUAGAAAUUUCGGUCAACAUGUGAAAGGUCGUUGUAAAGUGCAAACUUUCCCUCACAAGCUUCACACGAACAUUUAAAUCUGUAUUGGUUGAGGAGUCCCAAUUGCCGUUGUUCAAAGGUUUCUAAGCAAUGGUGAAAGCCGUAAUUAUCGAAAAGUUGACCGCCAGCUGGAAUCGGCCGGUUAAUAACAAUAAAAUUCUUCGGUCCCAAAUUUAAACGAACAAGAUUUGGAGCGCAGCUGUGAUUGAUGAGAGAGCAAAAAGGAAAACUUCCUGAUCCGUACCCUGGGUCAUCACAAAUUUCCAUUAGUUUAACAACACCAUUGUAAAGUCCAUGAUAGUUGCAAGCAGCAAUUUGAGUUUGUUUGAAGAUGAAACAUCGGAAGAAAUCUUCGUCGGCUUCAGUCGGUAAAAUAUCCUUCAAUGGCGUGAACUUCAAGUAUAAAUUACACAUUAUUGCAACAAUUCCACUUCUUUGGAACAAAUCGCUUUGAUCUCUUCCACUAUUCAUUGCUAAUGCAUCGAUCGCUUGUAAAAUGUUUUUUUUAUCAAAAGGAUCGUCAAAGUCGAAAAUUGUUGCUGUUGAGCCUUCAUUUUCUUUCAUCAAAGCUUUUAAUUCAUUCAAGUUCUGAUUGCAUACGUAAAAAGCUUCAAAAAAUGUUCUCAAGGCGAGUCGUAAGAUUUUUGUUCCCAAAAAAUUCAAUUCGUCGAUGAUUCCACAUUCGUAUUUAUGAAAUUUUUCGUAGCCAAUUUUUGCACAAUCAUCUGAACAGAACAAUGUUGAUGUGCACUGUUGACAUGCGAUGAGAUCCAAUGAGUUGUCGUUGAGGCAAUUUGCGCAGUACUUGUAACUACAAUUGGGAAGGAGGAACGUUGAAAACGGUUCCUCAAUACAAACAAUGUCACCAGGUGCGAGAGCUUUCUUUGUUACGAUGUAUCGACCAAAUGUGUCAUUACUUUUCACUUCCAAGCAUUCAGCAAGAAAUGGGAGUUUUUUGUUCAGUUUCUGAUUUAAUUUAAAAUAUUUACCACGUACUGGGUCAUUGGCGUUUUUUGCAUCAUGAUCGGUUUUGAUCAGUUCAAGACAAAGAUUUUUACGUUUAUCCAACUUUCCCAUAUUUUUCAUUGGAUAAUUAUUGUCUUUUGCCAGUUGAAUAUUCUCGAGACAUUUGCUAUAUAACUGUGUUUCAAAGUAAACUGCCGAUCGAUUUGCAUAAGCGAUGCCGAUAUUGUCACUGCCUGACUCAGCAAAACACAAACUUUUGUUGUAUGACUCCAUUGCAUCGAGAAACUUCUUUUCAGUGUAAAAUUCGUUGCCUUUCUUACGAUGUAAUUCAGAAGUUGCGUUUGAUUUACAUGACUUGACUUUCAUAUCUUCAGCCAUAAGCCGGUAUUCGAUUAAAAGUUUUUCUACGAAUUUCAUUCUUUCAGCAUUUUCAGUUAUUUUAAGGAAUUCCUUCGAUAUUUCUAAAACUUUCUUAUCUUUAAUCAAUUGGUUUUUAAGCUUAUCUGUAUAAUCAUAAACGUCUUUGACUGACAUGACUAGAAUUUAUGCUAAUAUUGAAAAACGUGCUG